CAACCAAAGACACAACACACAGCGUGCUGUUGCUAGGGAAGAGUUGCUGUGUUUUGCAAUCAUAAAUAUGUUCCAAGUUCAUUUCAAGUUAAUAAAACAUGAUCAAAAAUUUGGCAAAUUAUAAAUUGUGAAUCAAUUGAUGUAAAGUAUAAAAAAGAUUUGUGCAAUGUCAUUGGAAGGAUCAAAGGCAGCCACUCCGAUAGCUGCUGCAGAGCAGGACGCAAGUGGAGCAACACCACAACCAGAUACACAUUUAAGUACCACCAGUGGUACACCGCAUCCUCCUUUGGAGAAUGGAUUACCCGGAAAGAAUGGGGACAGCCCAGAUGCUAUGAAAAUUGAGACUGGCUCUGAAGUCAGUAGGUUAAGUGCAAUGUCAGGUACCAGUAAUGUGAAUGGAGUUUCAGAAGAUGAUACUCUGGCUAUGAAUUCUCUUGGACUUUCAAAUGGCCCCAUGAGUCAAAGAACUAGCAGACCCACAUCUGUAGCUCCCCCAGAACCAACAUCUCAACCUGUUGAUUUUAGGAGGUAUGUUAAAGAAAGAGCCACAUUACAAACUCUUAAAGAAGACCUAUGGACAGAGCAACACUAUGAAACAAUAGACAGCUUCUUCAGCUCAUCGUCGCACACCCGUCUUUUAGUUGUGUAUGUUGACCCACAAAUAGGGCUGUGCUUAGACCACCAGGUGCCCCCAAAUCUUACAGAGGAUAUGGCGUACUUUAUUAAACAGGAAAGUGGAGUGGAGUUAAAUGCUGCUAACAUUAUGAAGUCCAUUCAGUAUGGUACAGUGAAGCCAGGGCAUAUUGACAGCUUGCUGAGGCUGAUGCAAAGUAUAUAUGCUCCACUUUUCUUGGAAAACACGUCCUGGCCCGACAGUAUUAGAAAUGAUUUCUCAGCUCAGCUUCACCGUUUCAUGGCCAGUGUGACGGACACGCAUUACAAGAUGCAGGGCCACACCGUAUUGUAUAUUCCAAAUGAAGGUCUUAGCAUGGAGAUUGUCAAAGCUGCCAAAGAUAAAGAACUUGUACAGAGACUUGAAACUGCGAUGGUGCAUUGGACAAGACAAAUCAAAGAGGUGUUGGCCUCCCAGGAUGCAAUUGAGACCUCAGAAAAUGCUGGUCCAUUGGAAGAGAUUGAGUUCUGGAAUAAUCGUUGCAUUGAUCUGUCCGGUAUUAGUGAACAGUUGCAGAAGCAAGGCGUGAUUCAGAUCCAGGCAAUCCUUGAGCAGUCUAAAUCCUCGUAUGUGACUCCAUUCAGAAAGCUCUCCAAGCUUAUUCAGGAUGGGUCAGCCAAGGCGCAGAGCAACCUGAAGUUCCUGUCCACUUUGUCUGCUGAUUGUGAAGAGCUUGCUAAGGCUAGGCCUGCUGAUAUUCCUCCACUUCUUCCAAAACUCAUCAAUAAGGUGCGCAUGAUCUGGGUCAACUCUGACUACUACAAAAGCAGGGAGAGAUUAACAGGGCUUUUCAGAAAGCUAAGCAAUGAGAUUAUCCGUAGAUGCUGCAAGGAGAUUAACUUAGAAAAGCUGUUUGAUGGCAAUGUAGUGACAGCUACCAAAAGUCUGAAAGAAUGCAUUGGGUGUUGUGAAAGCUGGAAAGAAACAUAUCGAUCGAUUCGUGCAAUGCACCAUCGAUUUUCAGAAGAAGGCUGGGUGCUCGACCAGAGCAGUAUCUUCGCCCAAGUAGAGGCAUUUAUUCAGAGGUGUCGAGAUCUUUUGGAAGUUUGUGAAUGCCAGAAGAACUUUGCUCGUCGUGAAGAUGGUACAAAGACGCCAAUGCCAUACUUUGCUGGUCAACGUGGACCAGAGAUCACGCGUAGUCUGUUAGAGAUAGAAGGCACGUUUGAAAAGAAUUUACAGAUACUUCGAAACGUGAAGCACACAAUUCUUGACGUGAAAGCAACUACAUGGCAUGAUGAUUACAACAAAUUCCGUGCCGGAAUUAAAGAUCUUGAGGUUAUGGUCCAGAAUGUGAUUGCCACUGCUUUUGAGACUAUCACCACGGUAUCACAAGGGGUUGAACUUCUAGAUGCCUUCCAACAUCUUUCAGCAAGGGAAGCCAUCAGGCGUACCAUUGACAAAAAAACAGUGGAGGUGUAUGGCAUGUUUAAUGAUGAACUUAAUAGUGUUAAGAAGGAGCUGACUCGUAAGAAUCCAUACCUCAACCCCAAUAUGCCCAAAUAUGGAGGUCAGGCGCACUGGGCUCGGUGUUUGCGCCGUCGUAUUGACCGGUCAAUGGCGGUGCUUGAUAAAGCAUAUUUCCUACCCCAUAUCGGCACUGGAACUGAGACAAAGGCUCAGUAUACCCAACUUAGCAUCGCAUUGGAUGAGUUCAUACGCAAGACAUUCAACGAGUGGACAGAAACCGUAGACAAGGACUGUAUGAAGCUACUGGAAGUGCCGUUGAUGUGUCGUAGUACGGAGAGGAUUGGAAUGAUGGAUAUCAACUUUGACAGAACACUUCUGAAAAUGUUUAACGAGAUACAUUACUGGGAACGCUUAAUGUUUGAGAUCCCUCAUUACGUAUCUGAAGUGUACCUCAAGAGAGAGGAACUACGGAGCUUGAGAGAGUUUGUCCUACUGGUAGUGAGGGACUACAAUAGAAUCAUAGCAGCGUUAUCUGUGGAAGAGCGUGGGCUGUUCAAAGAGCUUAUACGUCACCUAGAUAAAAAGAUACAUCCUGGCCUAACCAAGCUUACCUGGGCCACGAAAGGAAUCACUGACUUCUACAUCGGUGAAAGCCGACAGCACUCACAAAAGGUCCAAUCGAUUGUGGAUGACUACAAGAUGGCCAAUCUGACGAUAUCUCGCAAUUGUCAGAUGAUCAGUGAGAUGCUGCUGGUGCGUAUUGACAGCAAGCGGGUUUACGAAGGAAUGGAGUUUGAUGAUGAACAAAGACGACAUCGGGUGAAUGUUCAAAAGCGACUACAAGCUAUACACGAGGGUAUUGUUAACAUAAUGAAACGUACCUAUGAGGUCUUCAGGAAUGAUGGAGUAGAGGUACAUAACCACUGGUACAGGUACACAGAGAAGAUGGAUCGGAUGGUAGAAGAAGCCUUUAGACUCAACGUUAAAUGGUCUCUCCAGGAGCUAUCAAGAGCGAUCAACGGUGAUGGGAAAAGUAUGCCGAACCCUUUGUUUAGAGUUAAAGUGACGCUAGAUGGAACAAAGGUGGAGUUCUCGCCAACAUUGAUUCAGCUGGCAUCACUGGUGAUGAGUACCAGUAGCCAUCUGACCAAAGCUGUCUCUGUCAUUCCAAGGCUGCCAGAUCUUUUGACAAGGAAGAAAUCUACCAAAGGGCCAAUUUACGCUAUCAUUGACAAAGACGAAGAGACACGUAAAAUACAGAAGAGCAUAGACAGCGGCAUGCAAGCCAACGCACAGCACCUCAAGUCGUACCUGAGCACGUGGGAUAACUAUCGAGAAAUCUGGGAGAUUAACAAGGAUGCGUUCAUACGUAGAUACCAGAACCUCAACCCACCAGUCUCAUCCUUUGAUGCAGAUAUUGCCAGGUAUACAGAGGUUGCAAACAAUGUGCAAAAAGAGGAGACGGUGCUUAACAUUCAGUUUGUGCUCCUCGACUGUUCCCCACUAAAGUUUGCACUUCUACAACAUUGCAAUGAAUGGCAAAGUAAGUUUACAACACUCUUGCAGUUCAUGGCCAGUCAGAAACUCACAAAGUUGCACACCUACCUCAAGGAAAAUGCAGAGAAACUCAGUAAGCCUCCUCAGACGUUGGAUGAACUGGGUGAUAGCUUAGACCUACUAGAGAAGCUUCAGAAUGAACAGAAAGAGAUAGAAUCGCAAUUCACCCCACUCCACGAGGAGUUUGCCAUCCUAGAAAAAUAUGAAGUUGGCAUACCAGAGAAAACACAAGAGAUGCUUGAAGCCCUCGGUGGUGAAUGGUUGUCCUUCCAACAGUGCCUCAUCAGUAGUGAUGUCAUGUUGAAGAAGCACAAGGAGAAGUUCAAGUCUGGACUCAUCCAUUCCUCAGAGGAGUUCAAGAAAAAUGUGCAUCAGCUUCAAGAAGAUUUCCACAACAAUGGUCCAUUCAGUAGCCAGAUUGAAUGUGAUACUGCACUAGAGCAGAUCAGUAAUACUCGUGAUCAACUGAAAAAUCUCAAGGACACAGAGGCAACGCUCAGAAGAGGUCUGAACAUCUUCAAGAUUGACCAACCACCGUCAAAAGAAAUACAACAACUAGACAAGGAUCUCGAUAGUAUCGAGACAGUUUGGCAACUAACCAAGGAAUGGGAAGGCCUCUGGAAUACCUGGAAAGUAGGAAAAUUCUCAGAACUUGUCACCACAGAGAUGGAGCACACAGCAGGAAUGCUUUUCAAGAAACUCAAUCGCCUGAACCGGGAACUCAAGGAUAAGAACUGGGAGAUUGUUGAGACUUCCAGGAAUAAAGUUGACCAGUUCCGACGAACCAUGCCAUUAGUUACAGAUCUCCACAACAACGCCAUGAGGCAACGUCAUUGGGACGAGCUGCAACAGGAGUUACAGAAGACCUUCGACCACACAGCAGAUGACUUCACUCUUGAGAAGAUCAUAGAGCUUGGCUUUGACCAGUUUGCAGAGAAGGUGUCAGAGAUCUCUGCUGCUGCCACCAAGGAGUUGAACAUUGAGGAGACACUUUCACAGAUUAAAGAAACCUGGGAACAAACUCUGCUUGAAAUUGGACCAUAUAAGGAAAGAGGACACUACAAGAUCAAGUCAACAGAUGAAGUGUUCCAAGUUUUGGAGGACAACCAAGUAACACUUUCGACCAUGAAGGCAUCCCGUUAUGUCAAAGCAUUUGAGAAAGAGGUCGACCACUGGGAGAGGACAUUAUCCCAUAUUCUUGAGGUCAUUGAACUUUUGCUCACGGUACAACGACAGUGGAUGUAUCUUGAGAAUAUUUUCUUGGGUGAAGACAUACGGAAGCAGCUUCCCAGAGAGUCUGCAGAGUUUGAUUCCGUCAACGUCAACUGGAAGAUAAUAAUGCAAAGACUUAACAAAGACAACAACGCACACAGAGGAACGCACCAUGAAGGUUUACUUGAAACAUUAAAUGAAAUGAAUGGUAAACUGGAGGAGAUUCAAAAGUCCCUUGAUAUGUACCUCGAAACCAAGCGACAGAUUUUUCCGAGAUUCUACUUCCUUUCCAACGACGACCUUCUUGAGAUUCUUGGACAAUCACGGAACCCAGAAGCUGUUCAACCACAUCUUAAGAAGUGCUUUGACAACAUCAGCCGUCUGAAGAUGCAUAAAAUGGGAAUCACUCAGAAGUUUGAAGCCCAAGGAAUGUACUCAGCUGAUGGGGAAUAUGUAGAGUUUGGACAUCCAGUCCUCCUGGAUGGACCUGUUGAGGCAUGGCUUUGUGACAUUGAGAGGACAAUGAGAUGGACAUUGAAAGACAUCCUUAAGCAGUGCAAGAUCUCUCUCAAGAACCUAGCCUCCAAGAAGAAUUCCAAGCGAGACAAGUGGAUCAAGGAAUGGCCUGGACAGAUGACCAUCACAUCUAGCCAGAUGCAAUGGACUGCAGAUUGUACAAAAGCACUUGCAAUGACUAAAGAGAGAGGAGAGAAGAAAUUUCUGAAAAACAUGAAGAAAAAACAAGUGUCCGUCCUAAACAAGUAUUCUGAGAUGAUCCGUGGUUCCCUCAGUAAAAUGCUACGUGCAAAGGUCGUGUCAUUGGUCACGAUUGAGGUCCAUGCGAGAGAUGUCAUUGAGAAGUUGAUCAAAUCAAACGUGAAUGAUGUGACAGCUUUUGAGUGGCUUAGUCAGUUACGUGUCUACUGGGAUAAAGAAAUUGAUGAUUGUGUGGUACGACAGACCAACACGCAGUUUCAGUAUGGGUAUGAGUACCUCGGGAAUUCCGGAAGGCUGGUCAUCACGCCUCUUACUGAUCGUUGUUACAUGACUCUUACCACUGCCCUUCAUUUACAUCGAGGCGGAUCACCAAAGGGACCAGCUGGUACAGGUAAAACUGAAACUACCAAGGAUUUAGGCAAAGCUCUCGGCAAUUACGUGAUUGUUAUCAACUGUUCUGAGGGUCUGGAUUUCAAAUCCAUGGGCAGAAUGUUUAGUGGUCUUGCUCAGACCGGUGCAUGGGGCUGCUUUGACGAGUUCAAUCGUAUCAACAUUGAGGUGUUGUCAGUGGUAGCUCAACAGAUUUUAUCCAUCCUAUCGGCGCUAGCUGCUGGGUCAAGUCGAUUCGUAUUUGAAGGUCGGGAGAUUAACCUUGUCUGGUCAUGUGGAAUCUUCAUUACGAUGAACCCAGGUUAUGCUGGUCGAUCUGAGCUGCCAGAUAACUUAAAAUCCAUGUUCCGGCCCAUCUCCAUGGUGGUCCCUGACUCAGCAUACAUUGCUGAGAUCAUUCUCUUUGGUGAAGGUUUUAGUAACACACGGGUUCUUGCCAAGAAGGUACAUACUUUGUAUUCAUUGGCUGUCCAGCAACUCUCUAAACAAGAUCAUUAUGACUUCGGCCUGAGAGCUUUGACGUCCGUUCUCCGGUAUGCUGGUAAGAAGAAGAGAGCAUUCCCAAAUAUGACUGAUGAAGAGAUUCUCUUACUUGGUAUGAAGGACAUGAAUGUACCCAAGAUGACUGUAGUAGAUCUCCCACUUUUCAAUGGCAUUGUAUCCGAUCUCUUCCCAGGUGUCGACACUCCAGUCAUUGAUUAUGGCAAGAUGCGGGCUGUGAUAGAGUCAGAGUUAAAAAUCAAUGGUUAUCAGUGUAUUCAGUCUACGGUUCUAAAGGUCAUUCAACUCUACGAGACCAAGAACUCGCGUCAUUCUGUGAUGAUUGUCGGAAAGACAGGAAGUGGCAAGACAGUGUCCUGGAAGAUGUUGCAGUCAGUCUUAUCACGGCUGAAGAAGGAAGGCGAUGAUAAUUAUAAUCUUGUAAAGGAAUAUCCCAUCAACCCCAAAGCUCUAUCGCUCGGUGAACUCUAUGGCGAGUUUGACCUAAAUACCAAUGAAUGGACUGAUGGUGUACUGUCAAGUGUAAUGAGAGCAACAUGUGCCGAUGAAAAACCGGACGAGAAGUGGCUACUGUUUGAUAGUCCAGUUGACACUCUGUGGAUUGAGAGUAUGAAUUCUGUGAUGGACGACAACAAAGUGUUGACGCUUAUAAAUGGUGAACGUAUUGCCAUGCCAGAGCAGGUAACUCUUCUAUUUGAAGUAGAGGAUUUAGCUGUGGCGUCCCCAGCCACUGUCAGUCGUUGUGGCAUGGUGUACACUGACUAUGCAGACAUGGGCUGGCAGCCAUACGUCAACUCAUGGUUUGAUCGCAUUAAGAAUAAGCAAAUGGUUGAGGUUCUUCAGCGUCUUUUUGACAAGUAUUUAAUGAAGAUUGUCGAUUACAAACGAACAAAUUGUAACGAGUUGGUGCCAAUAUCAGAACUCAAUGGUAUUAUUUCACUCUGUAAAUUAUUUGAUGCAUUUGGUACAGAAGCCAAUGGGGUUGAUCCGAAUGAUAAAAGCAACUUUGAACGAAUGGUAGAGCUUUGGUUCCUCUUUUGUAUGAUCUGGUCCGUCUGUGCUUCCGUUGAUGAAGACGGAAGAAAGAAACUAGAUAACUAUAUCCGUGAGAUCGAAGGUACUUUCCCAAACAAGGAUACAGUAUAUGAAUAUUGUGUUGAUCCAAAGAACAAGAAUUGGGCUCAUUGGGAGGAGAAACUGCGAAGUGGCUGGAGAUACCCCCCAAACUCUCCUUUCUACAAGAUCAUUGUUCCCACUGUGGAUACUGUACGUUAUGACUUCAUCGUACGCCGUUUGAUUGAGACGGUACAGCCUGUACUUCUGUGCGGACCUGUGGGCACCGGUAAAACAUCAGUCGCACAGAGUGUCCUGGGCAAGAUGAAUGCCAGCAAGUACAGUGUACUGACCAUCAACAUGUCUGCUCAGACCACAUCGAAUAAUGUUCAAGACAUCAUUGAAAGCAGAGUUGAGAAACGUACCAAGGGUGUUUACGUACCUAUUGGUGGUAAGAAACUUGUCACAUUCAUGGACGACUUCAACAUGCCUGCCAAGGACACAUUCGGCUCGCAACCUCCGCUUGAACUCAUGAAACUCUGGAUGGAUUACGGGUUCUGGUAUGAUCGUCUGAAACAGACUACAAAGUGCAUUAAAGACAUGCAGCUGCUUGCUUCCAUGGGACCACCAGGAGGUGGAAGGAUGGUGAUCUCUAAGCGAUUACAGAGCAGGUUUAACCUCAUUAAUAUGACCUUUCCAAGUGAUUCCCAAAUCAAACGCAUCUUCGGAACGAUGAUCAACCAGAAGCUGCAAGACUUUGAGGAGGAUGUGAAACCAAUUGGUGACACCAUGACCCAGGCCACUCUGGAGAUGUACCAAGCCAUUGUGCAGAAGUUCCUGCCAACACCAGCAAAGAUCCACUACCUGUUCAACUUGCGAGACAUCAGCAAGGUAUUCCAGGGCUUGCUGCGUGCCCAUAAAGAUUUCCAUGACACAAAGGCCAGCAUGACAAGGCUCUGGAUACAUGAAUGCUUCAGAGUAUUCUCAGACCGUCUUGUGGAUGAGCAAGACAUGGAGACAUUCAUCACAAUACUGUCAGAAAAACUUGGCAGUCUCUUUGACCAGACUUUCCACAACAUCUGCCCCAACAAACAACCGCCCAUCUUUGGCGACUUCAUGACACAAGGUGAAGUCCCAAUCUAUGAGGAUCUUCAGGAAUUUAGCGCCCUCAAGAAGUACAUGGAAGAAGCAUUGGAGGAUUACAACUCAACGCCAGGUGUUAUCUCGAUGGAUCUGGUGCUUUUUAGAGAUGCUAUUGAACAUGUAUGUCGUAUCAUUCGUGUUGUCUGCCAACCCCGUGGAAACAUGCUGUUGGUCGGUAUUGGUGGUAGUGGGCGUCAGAGUUUGACUAGGCUCGCGUCAGCCAUCUGCGAAUUUCACACCUUCCAAAUUGAGGUUGCAAAGAACUACAGAAAAACAGAAUUCAGAGAUGAUCUGAAGCGUCUGUAUAUGCAGGCUGGUGUCGAGAACAAGCCAACAAUCUUCCUCUUCAACGACACCCAAGUAGUCGAUGAAUCCUUCCUAGAAGACAUCAACAACAUCCUCAGUAGCGGAGAGGUUCCGAAUCUUUACAAUUCGGAUGAAUUUGAAGAGGUACGUUCGACACUCGCAGACGAGGCAAAGAAGGACGGUAUUCAGGACACACCAGAGAAUAUGUUUGCAUACUUCAUCGAGAGAGUACGUAGUAAUCUCCAUGUUGUACUCUGCAUGAGUCCCGUUGGAGAUCCCUUCAGGAAUCGUAUCCGUAUGUACCCAGCUUUUGUGAAUUGCACGACGAUUGAUUGGUUCACAGAGUGGCCUAAAGAAGCUCUUAUUGAGGUUGCUGAGAAAUAUCUAGAAACGAUUGAUGUUGGAGAAAGUGAAGAGAUAAAGCCAAAUGUUGCACAGAUUUUCUGCACCAUUCAUCGCUCAGUUGUCGAUAGUUCUCGCAAGUUGUUGUUCGAACUGAAACGGCACAACUAUGUCACACCGACAAACUACCUGGAGUUGGUUACAGGCUACAAAAUCUUGCUGGGUGAGAAGAGAAAAGAGCUCGGUGACGCUGCAAACAAGCUGAAGAACGGAUUGCAAAAGAUCGACGAAACAAGAGCCAAAGUGGAAGUGAUGUCUGUGGAACUUGAGGAGGCGAAGACAAAAGUCGCUGAAUUCCAGAAGCAGUGCGAGGAGUACCUGGUCAUUAUUGUGCAGCAGAAGCGAGAAGCUGAUGAACAACAAAAGUCUGUUCAAGCAAGAAGCGAAAAGAUUGCUGAAGAGGAGGUUCGUUGCCAGUCGAUGGCUGAUGCCGCUCAGCAGGAUCUGGCAGAGGCAUUGCCAGCUCUGCAAGAAGCAGUCAAGGCUCUAGAAUCUCUAAACAAAAAGGAUGUAGGGGAGAUCAAGUCUUAUGCCAAGCCCCCUGGCCUAGUGGAGAAGGUAAUGGAAGCAGUUAUGAUCCUCAAAGGAUGUGAACCCACUUGGGGUGAAGCUAAAAGACAACUUGGCAACCAAAACUUUAUCAAAGAUCUUGUUGAGUUUGACAAGGAAAACAUGUCAGACCGUGUCCUGAACAAGAUCGGCAAAUACUGCUCCCAGCCAGACUUCCAACCAGACAUAAUUGGUCGUGUUUCAACUGCCGCCAAGUCGCUUUGUAUGUGGGUACGUGCCAUGGAGGUGUAUGGCCGUAUCUACCGUGUGGUGGAGCCCAAGAGGCAGAGACUGAACAACGCUACUUCCCAGCUGCAGGAGAAGCAGGCAAUUCUAGCUGAAGCCAAAGCUAAGCUUAAAGAGGUUACAGAUCGGAUGGAGAACUUGAAGAAACAGUAUGAUGAGAGAUUAAGGGAGAAAGAAGAACUGAGAAUAAAAGCAGAACAGAUGGAAAUCAAAUUGGACAGAGCUGGCAAACUUGUGUCAGGUUUAGCUGGUGAAAGAGAACGUUGGGAGAUGAAUGUACAGGAACUUGAGGAAAACAUGGUCUAUUUGGUUGGUGACUGUUUGGUCGCCGCUGGUUUUCUAUCAUACAUGGGACCAUUCCUGUCUGAGUACCGUGACCAUCUGGUCAAGGAAGUAUGGUUGAAGGAAGUCCGCAAGCUCACCAUCCCCUGCAGUCCUAACUUCACCUUUGCAACAUUCUUGUCAAAGCCUACAGCUGUGAGGGACUGGAACAUCCAAGGAUUGCCAUCAGAUUCCUUCUCAACAGAAAAUGGUGUCAUUGUUACCAGAGGAAACAGGUGGCCAUUGAUGGUGGACCCUCAAGGCCAGGCCAUUAAAUGGAUCAAGAAUAUGGAGGGAAAGCGACAGCUAAAGCUAAUUGACCUUCAGCAACACGACUACCUUCGCACACUAGAGAAUGCCAUACAAUAUGGCUUUCCUGUGCUUCUCCAGAAUGUCCAGGAAGAAUUGGAUCCAUCACUAUCGCCGAUUCUCAACAAGGCUGUUGUAAAGAUUGGUAACCGAAUGACAAUCCGAAUUGGCGAUAAAGAGCUAGACUACAACCCAGAGUUCAAGUUCUACAUCACCACCAAACUGAGCAACCCUCACUACACACCAGAGAUCUCCACCAAGACCACCAUCGUCAACUUUGCUGUCAAAGAACAGGGUCUGGAGGCCCAACUGCUAGGUAUUGUUGUCCGUAAAGAACGGCCAGAGUUAGAAGAACAGAAGGACAACUUGGUGAUGAACAUCGCUGCUGGGAAGAAGAAGUUGGUUGAGCUUGAGGAUGAAAUUCUAAGGUUGUUGAAUGAAGCCACAGGAUCCUUACUGGAUGAUGAACAACUGGUGAACACUCUCCAAACCUCUAAGAAGACCUCUGAAGAAGUGUCUGAGCAACUUCAGGUAUCGGAACAAACAGAAGCAAAGAUUGAUGCUGCAAGAGAGGGUUACCGAUCAUGCGCCCAGCGAGCGUCAAUCCUCUUCUUUGUUCUGAAUGACAUGGGACGCAUUGACCCCAUGUAUCAGUUCUCAUUGUACUCGUAUAUAGACCUCUUCAACACGUCGAUUGAUAAGAGUCAGCGCACCCCGCAGUUGGAACAGAGGAUCAUCAACCUAAAUGAUUACCAUACGUUUGCUGUGUACAGGUUUACUUGCCGUGGUUUGUUUGAGAAGCACAAACUCUUGUUCUCAUUCCAAAUGUGUGCCAAGAUAUUAGAAGCAUCCGGCAAGUUGAAUAUGGAAGAGUACAACUUCUUUCUCAGAGGAGGCAUCGUACUUGAUAGCGAGGGUCAGAUUGAUAAUCCUUGCACCAACUGGCUUGCAGACUCAUCUUGGGACAACAUCACUGAACUCGAUAAACUUGCCAACUUCCAUGGUUUGGUGCAAUCAUUUGAGCAGUACCCACGUGAUUGGCACAUAUGGUACACCAGCGCUGAACCAGAAACCGCACCAUUGCCAGGUGAAUGGGAUAAUGCCUGCAAUGAGCUGCAGCGAAUGUUGAUUGUGAGAUCUCUACGACCUGAUCGGGUCUCAUUCUGUGCAACGUCCUUCAUUAUCAACAACCUUGGAUCUAAAUUUGUUGAACCUCCAGUGCUGGACAUGAAGUCUGUAGUAGAUGACUCAACAACUAAAACACCCCUCAUCUUUGUAUUGUCAACUGGAGUGGACCCUACAAGCAUGCUUCUACAGCUGGCUGAGCAGAGCAACAUGGCUCACAGAUUCCACGCCCUUUCCCUCGGACAGGGCCAGGCACCCAUUGCAACCCGAAUGAUCAAAGAAGGUGUGAGAGAGGGUAACUGGGUGUUCUUGGCUAACUGUCAUCUGUCUCUGAGCUGGAUGCCUCAGCUGGAUAAGCUGGUGGAGCAGCUCCAGGUGGAGGAGCCGCAUCAGGAUUUCAGACUUUGGUUGAGUAGCAGUCCUCAUCCUGAGUUCCCAAUCUCCAUUCUGCAGGCUGGAAUCAAAAUGACAACAGAACCACCCAAGGAAUACAUUAGUAUGCUUCCAGCAAUUGACCAUCCUGAGGCCUUUGGUCAGCAUCCUAAUGCGGACAUUGCCAGUCAGAUCACAGAGACUAGUACCCUAUUUGACACGCUGUUGUCACUCCAACCUCAAGUGUCCGUCUCAGUUGGUGAGAGCAGAGAGAGUAAGGUGUUGAAGCUGGCAGCUGAUGUACUUGAGAAGAUCCCUGAAGAUAUUGACUAUGAAGGAACAGCUAAGAUAUUGAAAGAUGAUCCCUCACCUCUGAAUGUUGUUCUCCUGCAAGAGAUUCAGCGCUACAACGUGCUGUUGAGGACAAUCCGUUCAUCUUUGAUUGAUCUGGAGAAGGGUAUCAAAGGUCUGGUGGUGAUGUCCAACGAUCUGGAGGAGAUCUUCAACUGUAUCUAUGAUGCAAGAGUUCCAUCUUCAUGGCAGAAGGCUUAUCCUUCCAGAAAACCCCUGGGGACAUGGACCAGAGAUUUAGUGAGCCGUGUGGAGCAGUUUGCAAAGUGGGCAACUACUGCUCAUCCACCAGUCAUAUUCUGGAUGUCCGGUUUCACUUUCCCAACUGGUUUCUUGACCGCCGUCCUCCAGACAUCAGCAAGACAAAACAAUGUUUCUGUUGAUUCUUUGUCCUGGGAAUUUGUCGUAUCAACUGUUGACGAUAACAACAUCACACAACCACCAAAGGAUGGAGUCUGGAUUAAGGGACUCUACCUUGAGGGCGCCGGUUGGGACAAAAAGAACGCAGUACUUGUGGAGGCAAACCCUAUGCAACUGGUCUGUCCUUUACCAACUAUCCAUUUCAAACCAGUUGAAAACAAGAAGAAAUCUGGCAAAGGAAUCUAUGCUUGCCCUUGCUACUACUACCCGAAUCGUGCUGGGUCAACGGGUCGAGCAUCCUUCAUUGUCAGCGUGGAUUUGAAAUCGGGUAGCUUGCCUGCGGAUCACUGGACCAAGAGAGGCACAGCCAUUCUUAUGAGCUUGGAUUACUAAGCCCUCAGAUAACUGGACCAACAGCAACACACACAUGAGGUUGCACUACUAGUACAAUGUGUCAUGGUAUUCACUAAUAAUGGUAAAAAAAAUAUAAUUUUAAGUAAACCCCAUAGUUUCCCAAUUUCACUAGGCCCAGGUUUAUCAUUAUCUCUUUAAAAAUAUUGUUCUUCCAUUAAUAUGAUUAUUUCUAUUAUUAAUUAUUACCAUUUUUGACUUAAUUUAAAAAAAAAAAUCAUUUUGUGAAAUUACUGCUGUUUUACAGUUAAAAUUAUUACCGUAAUAUUGUUUUUAUAAUGUUAUAUUAUAUAUUUUGUUAUUGUGUUGUUUGUAAUAUUGUGUAUUGAAGAUUUGUUCUACAAUUGUAAAUAAUAGAUUGAAUUUUAAAUAACAAAUCAAUUAAUUAAUGAUGAAUACAAUACCACGAAGCACAAAUAUAUGUGUAUAUAUCAGAUUUAUUUAUGUAACAAAUGUUUGUUUGAUUUUGCCAACACCAAGAGUGUAAAGCACAGUAUAUACAAUCAGAUUUUGUCUAACAAACUGUACAAUGGCAUUUUUAGUGUAUGUUUGCUUCAGAUGCUGAUCAAACAAAUCCUGCUUUUUCAUGUAUGUUGAAAGGCAGAAUCCGAACAAUGCUGUAUACAAGUAUGAUCCAACUUUGGCAAACCCUUUUGAAAAGCUGGUUAAAAAGAAAAAUAUGUAUAAUAUAUAUUUAUAUAUUAUACAUUCAAUAAACUACAUUCCAAUUUGUUUUGUUUUUUUAUUCCAAUAGAAGAGAAAUAUACUGUUUAAUAAUUUACUCCAUCCAGUGAAAAAUAAUACAUCUAAAUGUAAAGUAUAAUAAUUAUAAAGUACUGUAUAUAAAUAUAAUACUGUACAUGAAAGUUUGAUGCCGUCCAUGAAGACUAAACAGAGGUAUAGUGAAAUAUUAAAUUUAUGUAAUAAAUCUGUAAUGAAGAUGAUAACUUGAAGAUUCUUAAUCCAGAAGUACAGUGCAUUGUUUUUAAUUUUAUACAGUCCAAUAUAUUACAGGACUAGUAUACUGUAUUAUUAAAUAUUUCAUUUUUAAAGACUAUCCAUUCAAAAGGUUACAUGAAUUUUGUUAUCAGUAUUAAGAAACCGACUCCGUCCUGUCAAGAAGUGCAUUGUGAUAUGUUGCAUUUGAAGAUUGUAAUAAAGAAGUUGUAUUUGCA